AUGUUCUUCUCUUCCGCCCUCCGCCUCCUCGUUUGCUGCUUCGGCAGCAACAACAACACCAACAGGGGCCUGGCCACCCCCGCCACCAUCGUAAGCUCUCGUUCUCUCGCGUUGACCUACUACAUACAACUGACGCACAUCACACCANNGAGCGGCCCGCGUAACUUUACGCACAAGAGGUCGGGCAACCCCGACAUCCCGCUGCGUGCCUUUGUGAGCACGCCGCCGCCCUACGUCCAGCCCGAGCGCCCCUAA